GAUGGCAGAUCUGCAAGCAAACGUCAACUCACAUCUCAGCUUCCUGUUCUACAGGAAGUAGUGUUCUUGCUUACAUUUUUGGGGUCCAAGCCAAAAAGUACAGUAACUUAGUUGGUUCUGUAAAAUAAUGGUUGACAGUUGAUAAGAUUAUUUAUUUUAUAAUAUUUUUAAUUUUACGCAUUUCUUCGGCCAUGUCUGCAAGCUGCUGCUAUUUUACCGUGGUGUUUCUGGUCUCGGCUCCUUCGUUCGUGUCGUGUCUGCUAGUUACGGGCGCUCAGGUCGCCUUGGUCGAGGUUCUGCUGAGAGAACGUCCAGAUGUCAGCACCGUUCUACAAGGCGAAGUGCUCGAAGCGAACUGGGAAAGCAGCAGCGUACCCGAAAAACACAAUCAACAACAAGAGCAUGAUCUCGAAGGGGACCUCAUAUUAGUGCAGGAUGAGGAGCCGCAGGUGAGCCAGGAUAAAGGUGGGGGUGUCCAAGCCAAAGACCAGGAGCCCUGGAUAGGUGUGGUGCCUGUCAAAGUGGAGGAGAGCAAAGCUUCCACUGCUGGGAACAGCCAGGAAUCCUUUGCUGCUGCCGUUGUCAAUAAAAUGAAACGAGCCUUGGUCCUGGGGGCUUCUGCACUCAUCAUCCUAGCCCUCAAUCAGAACACUAUCAGAGAGAUGGAUCUGUCCCAAGUCCUCUCUAAGCCAGUCAUUGUGAUCCAGACAUCAGAAAAUGUUACCAAGCUUAUCGGAGCACUCCUCAGGGGCCUUCAUGCUACUGUGAAAAUCACAUACAAGACUAUUCUACAGGACAACUUGGGGGCCACCCUGACGUUGUGGUCCACGUGCGGUCUCUCCAGAGGCGGUCUGUAUGGAGAGUGGCAGGGGGUCAUCUGCACCGGAGAGACCAACUCGCAGGUCCAGAAGUACCUGCAUCAGCUGUGGAACACGGUCCUACUGGUGGCUCUGAUCCUCUGUACAGGGGUCAUAGUUCAGGCUCGAUGGCAGUACCAGGACAACCAACUCAAUGACGACCUGGAGUUACCAAAACAGGACAUCCUGAAGAGACUGUCUUCCCUGAAGACCAGGAUGUACCGGCAGCCCAAACCGUGGUGUGACCCAGCGCAGCUAGAGACAGACAACUGUGCUGUCUGUCUGGAACAGUUCAACAACAACCAGUGUCUUCGCGUGCUGCCCUGCCUCCAUGAGUUCCACAGGGACUGUGUGGAUCAGUGGUUGCUCCUGCAGCACACCUGUCCUCUGUGUAAACGCAGCAUACUCAGUAACCUCUGUAGAGACAGCUAAUGGUAGCCUUGGCCCAACUCCUCACCCCACUGACCAGGGCCCAGUUUUUAAAAACUUUUAAUCUGUAUCAGAAUUUCGAUUCUGUAAUCCCCAUUUUUGCUAUCCAGGUUCAGAUCAAUCUGGCUGUUUUUGAGCCAGUUUUCAGAAAAAAAUCAGGAUCAUUCUGAUCCAGAUAACACAAUAUCAAGAUCACAGAAUUUGGAUUUUCAGUGUUUUGAACAGGCCUAAAUCUUGCCAUCUACUGGACAAAUUGUGGUACCACUUCUACACUGUCAUAGGGUAACAGAGAUGAGUGAACUACAUGAAUGGGGGGAUCAAGAUAAUCCCCGUUUUUGGCAUCAAAACUAUCCUAAUCAGUAUCUUUUAGAGUUUUGGCAUGAUUUAAAAAAUGACAUGAUUAAAGGUCAGAUUGGAUUACCAAAUCCUUAUCCGGGGGAUCAUAAUCACAUUUUUCAGUUACACUUUUGUAAUAAUUUUGAAUCCUGUCCGAUUCCGGAAUCCGAUCAGAUAACUUCUGAAAAGCUGGGCCCAGAACAUUGGGAUCUUGAAGUCUUGUAGUCUGUCGUGACUUGUUUUCAGUAGCAGUUCCAGACCUCACCUCUUCCUCCUGCACUGGAUUGUGGUCAGGGGAGCUUCUCCCAGCAGCUGGCCUUCUUAUUGGACAAUGUUGACUUCUGACCUUUUGUGGACAGCCAAUCCUGAAGCAGCUUCACUUAUGUGGUACUGUAAAACAAAUGUUACCGUACCGGUGUUGAAACAAACAGUACUUUCGUCCUGGGAUAACAUACUGUACAAUGACGUUACUCUAUUCUCUC